CGCAUGGGAUGAAUAGAUGAUUGCGGAAUCAUGAACAGAAAAAGAAAAGAAAAGAUGACACGAACCACCAACCGAUUUGUUGCGAGAUCCGCCUCAACCCUACAAGAAUCACACUGCACCUCGAGCUUCAAAUAUUCAGCUUCGCGCGCCAUAAUUAACCUGCACUGCACGUAGGUGAUAGCGAGGCAGCCAUGGCUCCCGCCUCCCAGCUCCUCCUGCUCCCCGGCGCGCGUCCCGCCGCCGCUUCGCUGCCGCCCCUCCGCCAAGGCAUUGCCAGGGCGAGCAUCGCCGCCGGCGGCGGCCUGGUGCCACCGCGGCGUCGGGGGUGGGGCAGUGGCGCUGGCGCGGCGUGGCGGGCGCCGACGGCAGUCUCGCCCGUGGCGGCCGACGAGAUGAAGGCACCGCCGGCGGCGGCAGAGGAUGAGGAGCGGUUCGACUGGCUGGACCAGUGGUAUCCCGUAGCUCCGGUCUGCGACCUCGACCCACGCGCCCCGCACGGGAGGACGGUGCUGGGGCUCCGCGUCGUCGCCUGGUUCGACGGCGGCGAGUGGCGCGUGAUGGACGACAUGUGCCCGCACCGCCUCGCGCCGCUCUCCGAGGGCCGCGUCGACGCCGAGGGCCGCCUCCAGUGCGUCUACCAUGGCUGGUGCUUCGACGGCCGCGGCGCCUGCCAGUUCAUCCCCCAGGCCCCCGCCCUCGGCCCAUCCGUGCACAAGAACAGCAAGGCGUGCGUGGCUUCGUACCCGAGCGUGGUGCAGAACAGCAUCCUGUGGUUCUACCCGAGGACGGAGCCGGAGCACAGCGACGUGCUGCGGAGGAAGCGGCCGCCGUACUUCCCGGACCUCGACGACCCCUCCUUCGUCACCGUCUACGGCGUCAGGGACUUCCUCCUCGGGUACGACGUGUUGGUGGAGAACCUCAUGGACCCUGCUCACGUCCCCUACGCGCACAAGGGGCUAUUCCCUGAGUUCCAAGACAAGGAAGAUCCCGGCAGAGUUGAGUUUGACAACGAACGCGGUGGCCCGAUCAAGAUGAAGAUAGAGGAGGCGAACAUGGAGGGGUUCCUGUCGAUCCAGGAGGACAACUGGGGCCAGUUUAGGUUCAUCGCGCCAUGCACGCUCAACCGGUCGGAGUUGCCCAUCGAGACAUUGGAGAAGCAGCAGCAGCAGCCACAGGGGAUGCUGGUGUUCUUGUGCGUCCCUGUGGCUCCGGGAAAGAGCAGGCUGAUAUGGGCGUUCCCGCGGAGCGUCGAUGCCUGGCCGGAGAAGAUGAUUCCACGGUGGUUGUAUCACAUGGUGUCGAACACCGUGUUGGAUUCAGAUUUGUACCUCCUCCAUGUCGAGGAGCGCAAUUUCGCUGCGGCUGGCCUUGAUAACUGGCACAAAGCUUGCUAUGUACCCACAUCAUCUGAUAACAUGAUCCUUACCUUCAGAAACUGGUUCAGAAAGUACUGUAAGCAUCAGGUUGGCUGCGCAACCCCAAUGGUUGAUCAGCUGCCACCAACUCCAGCCAAAGAUCAGCUCAUGGAGAGGUACUGGUCGCAUGUGAUGCAGUGCACGAGCUGCAGCGCUGCACUGAAGGGGAUGAGGGCGCUGGAGGUUGCCCUGCAGGUGGCGUCGGUCGCCGUCGUCGGGUUCCUCGCCGUCGCCAAGGGGGCGCUUGUCACGUCGGUUGCCCACAGAGCCGCCGUCGUGGCUGCGGCCGUGAUGUGCUUCGCCGCCUCCCGCUGGCUCGCCGACUUCAUCGAGAAGACCUUCUAUUUCCAGGACUACGUCCAUGCUUACAAGUGA